AUUUUGGUUUUGUCUCUUCCAGACUUCAUACAGAUUGUGAACUCCAGACAAGUCAAGCUUGAUUUGAUCAUUGAAGAUUGUAAUUGUUUCUUGUAUAAGACCAAACUCACCCUAUCAUCAUGCAAGGCUGUGCUCAGAACUGUCUCAAAUUCAUCUUGGUUUUCUUAAACCUUCUCAUCUUUCUCUGCGGUGUUGGCCUGAUAGUAACCGGGACGUUCCUAGCUCUUGGUUUCACUGAUUGGAUUAGGAUCGAAGAUGUAGCAAACCUUCUUCAAAAUGACCUCCUCCGGGUCGGUGCUUAUGUUAUCAUCGCUGCUGGUUGCUUUGUCGUCAUUGUUUCUGGAUUCGGCUGUGGGGGCGCCUGUUGCGAGAACAAGUGCAUGCUGGGAGUGUACUUUGUGCUCCUCCUGUUAAUCUUCUGCGCUCAACUUGCAGCCGGUAUCCUCGCCGCGAUCUACUCGGCCGAAAUCAAGGACUUCGUCACCAACGAGGGUGUGGAUUUCCUGAAGAAUAACUACAACAACACACAAAAUGCCACCGGUAGUGUUGACUCCUAUGCUAACGAGCUCGGCACAGCUGCGUGGAAUGCUAUCCAAGAACAGCUCGAUUGCUGUGGUGUGAACGGUAUACAGGACUAUCAGGAGAACCCGUAUGUGAAUUCAGCUGAGAUCUUAUCAUGCACGUCAAGUGAUGGAUCCCCCAGGGAGGGUUGCCAACAGCCUCUCGAAUCAUUGCUUGAGAUGUACUCCACAGUUAUCGGCGCUACUGCCAUUGGUGUAGCCUGUCUGGAGCUCUUCUGUAUGGUCUUCGCCGUUUGUCUGUGCAGAAACGUUGGUCAAGAUGACUAAGAUCGCCAGAGUCAUUCUUAUAGUAGUCGAUCUUAAGUAAUACAGGUUGUAAAACCUCAAAAAAGGGAGUGCGGAAAAUUUCUAGCGUAACAUUUUUUUUUAUCACCACCAAAAGAUGCUUUGUAAUGGCCAACUUACUGUCUGGGAUGGUUCGGUACUGUGAGGUCAAAUGUCAUGGGGUCAAAGGUCAUAUCCCAAUGUCAGUUGGUAAUAACGUGAUACUUGUUUUGUGUAUGAAGUCAAGCAGUGUAACAACUUAUGUUUAAAGUUUGCAAUGAUCGUUGGCGAAGAAUUUGCAAGAACGUUUGGAUAGCCCGUGGGUUGGUAUGUUUCUUGUUCUAGUGAUGUAUUGUAGUGUUGUGUGUAACGGAAGAGCGUAAAAGCUCUAAGCAGUGUGAGUGGGCUGAAUGCAUAGAAAGUUAUGAAUUGUAAUACAAUGCUUGUUUAAACAGACAGAAAGUUGGUCAUUCUCAAAUUAUUUUGUCACUUUUAAUUAAUUCGCUGCAAUUCUUGCAUAUUUUCUUUUGCCAUGCUGUCAUUUAAGUAACAAGUGUUGUACCCGUUUAUAUCGUGGCAUCGUUUAACAUCAUGAUCAUUAAAAAAAAAGAGUUUUUUGUUUUUAUGAAGUAAUUUGAAAUAUUCAGGUAUGUUUUUUUUAAUUACUCACUUCUUGAAAAGUACUGAUUUUUCUGAAUAGUUUUAGUUUUUUACUUAAAAAUUUUCCAUUACUACAGCUAUUAGUACUAUAAUUGACCAUGUUGCGUCAUGUGUUAUUAUUCCCCAAUUGUAAUUCUCAUAUCACAGGUUGAAGUCUGCAUUUGUCAGAAGAAUGUCUUUAUACUGCAUGUAAAUUUUGGCUGAAAUUCGAUUAAAAAAGAAAAAAAAUUGAGGCUUUUAGGAACGGGAAACAUUCAAAACAUGCUGAAAAAAACGUUAGAGGCUUUUAAAAUCGAUAAGUAAAGUUGUACAUUUUUCUGUAAAUUGUGAGGUUGAAUGUGGUUAUGCAUUAACAUAUCCUUUUAUUGCUGUAAAAUGAGGCUGUAUGUCUUAACAUGCUGAAUAAAAAAUGAGGCUAUGGCAUGGGUAUAAAACAUUGUUUAUAAAAAUUUGGAGGCUAUUAUUAUGCAGAGGUGCAUAAUAUGCUGGAAUACAUUAAGGUUUCAACAAGAUCAAUAUCAAACUAUUGUUUAUUUGACAGAAUAUGACUGAAAAUACCUUAGGAAAAUAGACUUAAAUGUAUUAAUGAGGCUGAACAUUUUUUUAUUAUUAAUAUGGAGGCUUUAAAACGGUUUUAUUGAUACAAAAGAAACUUUUAAUACCAAAAAACGAGGGGCGUUGGUUGCAUUGUAAUUCUCGAAUAAAGCUGAAGUAUAUGAUAAUAUAUUAUUUUUGUUUUACAGUAUUAGACAUGGAAUACUACAGAAUGUAUUGAAAAGAGGCUGCCCAAUAUAGCUAGGAAUAGAUCUCUAUUCUCAGAUAUAUGGAAGGGAAUAUUGUUAGGGUAUACAUCUAUCUCCAUUCACAUUCAUUCCAGAGUAUUUUGGAGAAAUAAUCAUUUUUUAUAAUGAAGUUGAAGAAAUAUUAGUCAGCGUUUCCUUUGCCUUUUAUGAGGGUACAAGUAUGUCCCAAUGGCGAUGAUUAUAGUUAUCUACUGUAUUCCUAUACAGGUUUUCUGCAUAUUUUCAUUUCUUACAAUUGCUUUUAGUUUCAGUAUGAAAUCUAAAAAGAUGUUGCCACUCCCAAAUGUUCAUUCUUUUUUCUCAUAUUUUAUUUUUUUAAAUAUAGGAGCGCAAGGUGGAUAUGUGCGCUACACGAAUCCCCUGUAUUAUUAUUAUUCUGCAUAAAUUAUACUUUCAUCUAUAAAACUGGAAGAAAUUCUCUAGCACUUUCAUUUUUUUAUUUGCACUUUAAUAUGAUAUUUGACAGUACAGAUGAUUAUUCAAGAAGAAGUAGCUAUAUUGUACAAGUAGUCUCACUCAGUGCUGUAAUAUAUUCUGCAUUCAAACAUUAUGUAACUAAUAGAUUAUGUGUGUACAUGUAUUAAGUGUAUUAUUAGAUGUUGUAUGUACUAUAUAUAAGUCACUUUAUGGGUGUGUGUAUAAGGGGGGAAAAUGUAGGCAAAGUCUACUUUCAAAUGAAAUGAUUAUAAAAAACAUAAGAUCAUUUUUCCCACAAAGAAAUGCUAAACGGGGGCAGUGCCAUUUAUAUACACAGUUUUUCUUUAAAAUGAUUCUUUUUUUUUAUUGUUGAGAAAUGAACUGAUUCCAAAGUCUGAUAUGGUUAUCUAUGAAAAAUCAUGAGUAACUGACCCAUACAUGCAAAAUGGUGUUGGGGAAAAUAAAUCAGAAUGUGAUACAGUAUAUGUGUUCAUCCUUAAUUGAAUUUGAGGAUUGAACACAUCUAUGUGAUUAUCUCUUUAAAACAUGUGUCUCAAUGAUUGAAUUUUGAUAGAUGACCGUCAUCUAAUAUAGCCUGUCUGUUGAUAGGUACGCAUCAAAUGGGGGCGCUCUUUACUACUACUCAUUUAUAGUACCAUAGCGAUGUUUUAAAUUAUUAAUGUAUACAUGUAUAGUCGGGAUCUAUCGAUUCUUCAGAUAUGUUCAUGUGGAUUUUGUGAAUUAUUGUUUGUAUGGCUACGUAUACUGUAUGCAUGAUGUCGGUAGGUGCUUUUUUUCGUCUGUUUCUAGUUUGUUUGUGCCUUCUUUUCAGUAUAUACCUCUAAUCUCGGAUCAAACGAUCGAUUCUCUUCAAAAGUAAGACCAGAUUAGAGCCGAAAUAGCGUGGAUUUUCAUUGUUUGAAAGCCAACGCUUUUUUGGCACUUAUCGAAUAGUAUCUCUUUCCAUGAGUAUACAUAAAUGAGUUUUCAUAUCACUAUAUGAAACUCUGUAUAGAGCCAUAAAUGACAAACAAACAAAUUGGUUUUACAAUUAUAGAAUUAAAGUGUCAAAUGACUAGCUUCUGUCAUGUGAUAAAGGUCUAAAGUCAUGUGACUCAAGUGAGGAAAAAAAAAACAUGUUUAUCUUUUUAUAUUACCCAGGAUGUACACAUUUCAUAUCAGAUAUUUGGAAUUCUAUUUUUUAAGGCAACAGAAAAAUAUUCAAGAAAGAAUUUUGAAAAAAAAGAGAAGAAUCCCAUGUACUGCUUUCUAAUUAAUCUAUAGCAUAUGAGAAAAUUUGGGGGAGAUAUGUUUUAAAUUAUUUCUGCGAUAUUUAGAGGCGGAGUCACCCGAGGUUCACAACGCACAGCUUUUACUCUCGGAUUCACAUAGUUUACUAUUCAAGUUUAUCCUGCUAAAAAUCCCUAAACCAAAUAAUCAAAUCGAUUAGUGGCUCUGUGAAAAAAAAGCAUAUUUCCUAGGCUAGAAAAUUAAUAUUAAAUACCUAUUGAUUGACCAAUAUCAAACAGUUAUGAAUACAUGUAAAGCGAAUGAGGUAUCAAGGGUAUUCUGGCGGGCCAGAUUUACUUCUGAAAAUAAGCACAAAUUCAUUCAUUUUUCUCCUUUUUUUAUGAGCAUUUCCACUCUAAUGCCCUAUUAGAGCGGGGCUAUACACCAUGUGUGUGAUAGUAGAACUUAUACCACUCUUAAGAGGUCAUCACGGUUGGUUAUUAGAGUGAGAGAUUGUUUUUACUUUUCUAUUCGUAAAAGAAGCAACUCAAUGUUCGAGCCCUUGUAAACUUUAAACCUGAGCUUUAAUUCUGAAAUAAGAAGAAUAGAACAAAUUUGUAAUUCUACAACCUGUUUCAAACCUUGAAAUCAACAGCCUUUGAACUUUCAACUCUGACCUUUGAACUUUGUGACUUAUAUGGGUGACCUUUCACCCUCUAGUCUCUUAACUUUAUACAACAGAAUCCCAAUUCCUCAGCAAACAGUCAUAGAUUGUUCUUUAAUAGAAGCUCUAUAUCACUAGAAUUUAUUGUACUACAUGUAGGUACUAUUAAAGGCACUUUAAUUAUGUUAGAUUUAUGCACAAUUUUGAAUGUAUUUGGAUGUAUAUAUCUAUAUAUGAUUCCUAGGUAUAGGUGGCUGCCAUAGCUAGUACAGGUACAAGCGUGCCUAGGGUAAAAGAGAUUAUGCUUUUUGACAAUAUUUGUGGUGUUACACGAAGAUUUAAGUGUGAUUAAAGGUCCUGCUUUAUAGGAAUGCCUAGUGCAUGUGAUCUAUAGCGAAUCUCCGCAUUAAUCAGAUCACGAUCAAUGAGCGUACGCCCUGAACAACAUGUGUGUUGGCAUUUAUGGAUGACUUUUAGUCACACUUACCAUUUAGUCUUUGUGAAAACCCUGUAUUGUAUGAUUAUGAUGAAAAUUAUCUUGACACAUUCAUAUCAAUUAGCUAGUAAUUUACUUUUUUCUUCAUAAUAUAUUCUUUCUAUUAAAGAAAAAAAUCAAAGACACUACAUCAUUUUAGGAUGUGCAAUUAAAGUUCUGAACUGAAAUCUGGAUCAGACUUUUGUCAAGUAUUAUUAAGGCAUUAUAUACAAUGGAAUCUUCCAUCAAAAUAUUGAGGAAAAAUAUGAAAAUUGAUUUAAAUUAGGUUUGUUGGAGAAAACUGAUAGUCACAAAUGCUGAAUGCGUUCUGUGUUGAAUUAAAGGAUCAAUUAAAGAAUAUAUUCACAUCAUCAGUAUCUAUUGACAUCAGUACUUUGAUUUGAAAUAAUAGUACAAAUAUGUAAAAUCCUUUAAGUUGUUCAACAAAAAUUGUUUAAUCGUCAUUCUUUGUGGCAAAAGCUAAUGAUUUACAAUACAAGCUAUGGCAGUCACCCUUCAACUAAAAAUGCAGUGUAUUUGUUUGUAUAUAUUGAUAUUGGUCAUAACUUUUUUCUUUUUUUUUACAUGCCGUGACUUUUGAUUCAAAUUCUCAGUGUUGGCCCAAAUAACUUUGAGAUGGUACAGAGAUGUUAGCCCGGAACUCAGUGGUAGAUUGGAUUGGAUUGUUGUAGGACCUGGUCUUGCUUGGAUUAGUGUCGGACCUGGUCUUACUUAGAUGAUGGUGGACCAAGUCUUACAUACAAUCAUCAUGUAGGAUCUGAUCUGCCUUGGAUUGGGUUUAGACAUGGUCUUACUUGGAUUGACUUUAGACCUGGUCUUGCAUGAAUUCAUGUUGGAUCUGGUCUAACCUGUGUUCAAGUCGGCCCUGGUCUUGUGUUCAAGUUGGACCUGGUCUUGCAUGGAAUAAUGUCGGAUUUGGUCUCACUUUUAUUCAUGUUGGACCUGGUCUUGCUUGAAAUCCUGUUAGACCUGGUCUAACUUGAAAUCAUUAUGGAUCUGGUCUUUGUUGGAUCGAUGUUACAUUCAGAGUGUAUACAGAAUACUGGAACAAUUUCUGCUGCAUGGUAGGACUUUAAAACCAAUCAGGCCUCCGCGUCACAUAUCCUAUGGAAUCCCAAAUCUGCAAGAAAAUAUACUGAAUUUCUUGUCUGUCCAAUGGUCUACCCAUUUUUCACUUAAAACCUGUAACUUCGGGCAGCAUACAUGUUUUCAUGCCCUUUUAAUCAACAUUGCCCCACUAAUAUAGAUCACUAAAAAAAUUCACAUCAGGGUUCUUGGUGAUAUAGACAACAGUACGGUCAAGUGUAUAAUCGUGUUGGGAAUGGUUGUUGGGAUUCGAUUUGUUUAUGUGACACAGGCUUUGCUAAUCUUACAUUGCCAGUUCAAUGUAACAUCAAUCCAACAUAGCCGUAGGUAUGUUUUUGUAUUUGAAUGAAUGUCAUGGGAUAAAGGUUGAUGAUCAAUAUGGCAGCAAUCACGUAUGGUCCGAUUUUUACUUGAUAUGAAUAAAAUGAAAUUAAUCUCCCCUA